AUGGCUGUUACCUUAACAAAGAUCCCAUGCUCUUCUUCUACACCUGCACUCCCUGCACUCCCUGCACUCCCAAGAAAGAAUACCCCUUCUAAUGAUCAUUCCAAAGGAGCCAAUUCACUAUCUUCCCUUCACUCAAACUUGCUCCCCUACCCUUUCUCCCAGCCAGUAAUACACCACUCCCUUCCGCCACGUCCACCCGCCGUUUUUCCCUCCAGCACAACAAACAGGAACGAUGACCAUACCUCGUACCCGAACAAUUUUGACCGAGCAUUUGACGGUCUCGUUUCUGCCACGGGAGCGACAAAAGACCAGGAUGAUGGAGUCUCCUUGAUUUGUGUACCUGCCAAAGAAAACAGCGGUAGAACCUACUCUCAUGUAACCUUGCCUGAUCAACCCAGCCCAUGGCGAACGACGCCGAUAGCAGCAUCUAGGGAUCCCACGCCGUCAUACACUCGAGAACAAUCGUGGCCACGAGAUCAGCUUGAUCCAACACUGGAAUUCGGCAAGGCUGAGCCGCGUGCAGUGCAUGCUGACCGUAAUCUUGAUUCAGUCGACCCAGAAAUAGAGCCCUCUGGGCAGCCACUAUCUCCUGUUAAUCGAGAGCAUCCGCUGGUGACUCCGCCGGCCGCGAGUUCUAAUCCGUCUUGCUCCGUCUCGUUGCGGAUGUCAUCUACUCGGACGGACUUGACUCCGCCGGACUGUAGCCAAUCUCACUACCCAGAUCAUAUCGCCCGAGACGCGUAUGAAUCUUUAGCUGAAAAUCGAGUCGUCCACCACCAUCACUCCCAAGACCGUUUCGUCAAUGGUAAGGGCCAAGCAUUCUCGUCUCGCCUGUCGACGAUUGGAAGUGUAUACGACGAUAAUAAAAGCUCUACGGGUGAUGCUGAUUCCGCCAUUGCUCUGGAUAGUAUCUUCUCGCAUCUGUCAGAGGAACAAUCCUCUAGCAGCAUCAUCAGCGAGGAUCCUUCGCCUGAUAAUAGGGUAGACCCUGCUGUUAGAGACCUGUCCCUUUUCAGUAGAGAAGCGGUAGGCCAGUCGCGCGAGAACCUACAAGCUGGGUCGGAUAGGUAUUACAUGGGACGAAAUAGCCACACGCGUGCUAAGUCCCCGACUAUGGCGUCUGGAUCGGAGCAGCCCAGACUGUGUACUGAGGAUUCCGAGUCUGUCUUUGAUACAGAUGACGAUGCUCCAGGUUUUGGAACCCGAUGGGAGUACCGGCGUAUUAAGGCGCGUCGGCUCGAUUCUUCGGGUCGCAGGAUGGCAAGGGUUGAGUGGAAGGAUACCUGGGAACCAGAGGAUGAGCUGGAUGGAUUGAAGGAGGCGUUGCGGCGGUACGCACGGGAACGGCGAGCGAAGCGAGACUCAGAAGGAACAUGUCCGAAAUGCGGAGCAAAAAAACGCAAGUGUCCUGUGUAA